CACUUGGUCACUUGUUGCCAUGGAUACAGAUGAUAUGUUUGCAAAUAGUUAAUAGGUUAUGUUGUGAAGUUAAGAAGAUUUUUAUAGUUUUAUUUUAUUGGGCCUCUUAGAGGACCUGAUUUUAAAUUGUAAUAAAAUUCUUUUGCAUACUAUAUUAUGAGAUUUAUAUUAUAUUGAGUGCUUGGCCAAAUAUUCAACCAAUUUUAUAACUUGUAGGUUUGCAUUUGGUACCUACAUCAAACGAGGAUUUAAUAUUUACUCUGCGUUCUAAAAAGCUCAACAACAAAAGGUAACAGAAUAAAAUAACAGGAUUGAGGUGUUUAAAUUAAAAUGGCAGAUGAUGAAGAAGUGGUGGAGGAAGCGCCAGAGGUCGUUCGAGAACCCAGUGCAGAGAGCGAAGCUGGGCUCAGUCCUGUAGAGGAGAAACCCCUCGCCCCUCCAAAAUAUGAAGUUCGGCCAGGACUCGGUGAGAAAUUCCAAGCGCAGAACGUUCGCGAAAUAAUCCUGUCAACAAUGCAGGAGCAGUUGACGGGGCGCCAGUACCGCGCGGACCAGGCGCCGCGCUGGGCCAAGUCCAUCUCCAACGCCGUGCGCCAACGAUGCCAGGAACUCGAUAUGAAGAGGUAUAAAAUUCUAGUCCAAACAACCGUCAUAGAGAUGAAAGGAGCCGGUAUAAAGAGCGGACAGAGGUGCAUCUGGGACCCCGAGACCGACGAGUAUGUCGACGACUUGUUCAGGAACGACACCAUAUUCUGUUACACCAUUGUCUAUGGUAUUUACAUGUAUUGAUAUAAUAUUUUAAUUGACUUUUUAAGAAAUUGUAAAUAUUUUGUGUAUAAGACUUAAAUUAAUAAAACAAAGCUUGUAUUUAAUUUACUUUUUGGUUUUCUUUAACACCCUAGAACUCUUGAUACUCUUGUAAGCACCUAACUACGUGAAUGCCUGAACUAAAUAGGUAGAUACUCUUAAUACGUAGG